GUGAGGCCGCAGUCUCCAGGAAAGAUACGCAGGACUUGUGUCACGGUCACAGCUGUCAUGUUUCACUCCGUGUCCCGUCGGCCGAUCUGCGAGGUCGGACUGAACACAGUGAGGCUUCAGGGCGGCAGGUCGUUCAAACGGGCCGUGGAGGAGGGCAAAGGGAAACUGGAGAAGGUCCCCUGGCUGGACAGGAGCGUGGGCCUGCUGCUGUCCUGGCUCCAGAGGGCAGGUGUGGGUGCAAGCGAGGCCGCGGGAUCAGGCCAAAAGAGGAAGGGCUUGCUGUCCAUAUUUGCAGACCACUGUGGCUUUGUGACCGGCCAGAGGCUCCGACGUGCCUGCCAGAUCGGCGAACUUUACUCCAACUUGUACUCCGAGCGAACCAGGUGGACCCUGGUGGGCAACAUAUGGCGCAGGUUUCAGAACAAGCACGCCCCCACUGGGAAACUUGUGGCGGCUCUGGCUGGUGUCUUCAUGUGGGAGAAUGAAAAGAUUCAAGAAGAAGAGAUGCGCAGGUGUGGGCUUGAGCUGCAGGCCCUGGAGUCCGUCAAACGUCUGAGCUCAUCUUCGGGAGGCGUAGCAGGACAACAGGAAGGUGGCUGGGAAGUUGUGAUGGAGAAGAAAGACUUCAGAGUGUGGAAGCGACCGAUUCCCAACAGUCACCUCUAUGAAUACAGAGUAUUGGGCUCCUACAACGAUGUCACACCGAGGCAGUUCUUCAACGUACAGUUGGACACAGAGUACAGGAAGAAGUGGGAUUCUCUAGUUAUCAAGCUUGAGGUGGUGGACAGAGAUGUCAGUACGGGCUCGGAAGUCGUGCACUGGGCGACACACUUUCCUUAUCCCAUGUAUUCGAGGGACUACGUGUACGUGCGCCGCUAUGAUGUUGACGUCAACAACAACUUGAUGAUCUUGGUAUCCAGGGCCGUGCAGCAUCCUCGAGUCCCAGAGAGUCAGGAGUUUGUAAGAGUUCAUUCAUACCAGUCAAAGAUGGUCAUUCGCCCUCACAAGUCCUUCGAUGAGAACGGAUUUGAUUACCUGCUGACCUACAGUGACGACCCUCAGACCGUCUUUCCCCGAUACUGUGUGAGCUGGAUGGUGUCAAGUGGUAUGCCAGAUUUCCUGGAGAAGCUGCACACUGCUGCUUUGCGGGCCAAGAACCUGGAAGUGGGGAUCUACGACUACGCGGGUGUCAUCAAAUCCAGCGACACCAACCGGCAGCCGAGCCAGGAGCGCCACACUGGAGAAAACACGCAUACAGGUGGUUCGGGGCAGAUCUACGCCUGAAAUGGAUUUUUUUUUUUUUUUUUUUUUUUUUUUUUUUUAAAUCUAGGUGUUACGUUUGUGUGUUUUCACUUGCACUUGAAUCCGAAACAAACCCUCCAACCCACAUCAAGGGUACAGUACAUGAACUAAAAUGAAGGUUGCAACCCACACUCACAGACUCUUGUCCAUCCACGGUUAUACUGGUUGUUGAUGGGAUGUCACAAGAACAAUGGACUGUGUUGUUGACAGCGUUACUGUUGCUAUGGAAAUUGUCACCCAGGCUGCUGGUCUUGGCGCUAUUUUUGCUCGGCCAGGCGAUGCCACGUGACACUCUGUUGCCCUCUUUGGUAAUGGCAUAUAUCCUACAACCUUUAUUGAGAUCGAGCCAAAUUUCCUAACUGUAGUGAUGCUUUUGCCAAAGCACUGUUUCUCUCAUUUUAACGGUCUAUGGCUUGUCUUCCGUUAUUUGACUGACUUUACACUCUGUUCAGACCUCCAGCAUCCACAUGACUGUAUUGGUUUCUUUGGUGUGAUCACAGCGAGACGUGGAAAUGCUUUUGCAGCAUUUGACAUGAAACGGUAACUCUUGACUGACUUCUGGUGGACAUCACUGAAAUGUUAACGCUUGGCCACAUUUAUGCACUGACUGAUGAGGAGCUGAAGCCUCUGGGGGAAGCUUUGUAACAGGUGUCUUCAUUUCAUGGAUUUAAAGCAAGUGGUUUCCUGUUUGCUCACAGCAUGAGUGAUUUAUAUGACUGGAAGAGGUGUAUUAAAAAAGAAAAAAAAUCUUGGGGGGGAAAAAAAAUGACACCAUUACUGGAAAAAAUGUCCACAGAAUGUAAAAAAAAAAAGGAAAAAUGUAGGGCUUUUUCUUUGCGCUUUGGGGACGCCAUGAGGUUCAGAGCGUCGGUCUCACCGUGUCUGCGCGAGUGUUGGAAGCUGCCAGCCUUCUGAAGAUAAACCAGUCCUUCAGCAUUAGGGGCAUAGUGUCUUAUAACAACCAUGUAAACCCUCAGAUACAACGGUACUAACGUGCUUCUAGCAAGGCAGUCGUACAGAGACACGCUCUAACAAACCAGUGCCCUUUUUAGAGGAAGCAGUUAUGCCGCAUUGCAAUCCAUUUACAUUUCAUAGGAGCUUUAAACGAUGAAGUUGUCCCAUUUCAGCGUAGAGAUCAUUCUGUUAUCCUGGUGUUCAUCAGUAUAAAUUGCACUCUCGGAGUUGUGGGCGUUUGUAUUUUCUCUGUGUUACUGCGGAUCUUGUACAUUCAUAAAACCAUCGCCUGAGUACUGAAAGUCACUGUUCAAUGAGUAUCCCGAGCUCUGUAACCUUGUUCUCCUGAGUUGUGGUUCUACAGUUUUUGUUCACGUGAGUCCUGCUGAAACUCCACAGAGUUCAUCCUUCCUAGUCGCCCUCGUUGAUGAGCUGUACGCUGCAGGUGUUAUGAAUGUACAGAGAACACCACACGCCGUGGACAUCGCCUAAUAAAGUACACUGUUUACAGCCUGACAGACUGGCGCAAACAUCCUAAAAUCAUUUGUGUUAAGAAAAAAGUAAUCUUGUACUAGUUUCAUGUCCUAAUUUGUGUAGAUGGUACAUCUGAGUGAAUCAGCUGUUUCAAAGUGAACAUGGUGGGUUCCACUUUUGUGAAGGAGGUCCCGUGUAUGAGUGUUUGAGUAUAAUCCUCCUCGUGUCAAAAAUAUAAUUCUGCCCUGUAGUGAAAUAUUUAAAAGAACUUAACAUGUAAGAUAAACUUGAUAUGCUGAAGAUGUAAGGGGAAGAAGUGAAAUGCUCGUUUUUGAUAUUUAUCACAUACUGUCAAAUAAAACUGUGAGACUUUAAAGAUCAUAUUAACUCUAUGAAACAUGCCAUAUUUGCUAACGUUUAGCUUGUGUGCGAAUGUAUAAUUUUAAUGUGGUUUGUGGACACCUGCGUGCCACCUGCAGCGGUCUAGAAGAGUUGUCAUCUUUUUGUGUUCUGCAGGCAGUAUAACAUUUGUUGUGAUUAGCUACCACAUGUGAAUUAAUUUAGGAACAGAUAAAUAAUAAAAGGAUUGUGUGAGUUGGUGCACUCAUAUGAUUUUAAAACAUGAUUGCAAUGGGAGCGCAACUAAUUGGAUCCAAUAAACAGAUCUUCAUGUGUGUUCA